CGAAAACCUAUGUUAUUUUUCCUGUCAUGUUGUUUGUUUGCCGGGCCAGAACAGGUCAAUUUGAUUUUUUGUCUCCAAGCAUACAUGUCAGUUAGAUGAGUAAAAGAGAAGAAUGUGGCCAAAUAAUUUGCCAUGGGAUAGCAUGGUGAUUUGGUGGCCUUGUUUAUAAAUAAGCUGUAAUCACUUUGAUGCUGGAAGUCAGUUGGGAUGGAUAAAAGGGAAUUUUCAACCGCUAUAUGUACUUUUUUCAUGCAGCCGGUUAAUUCUAGUAGGUACUAGUACUCUGUGCUGGUAAUACACUCCAUAUAUAUAUAGUUGGCAUUGAUUAUUUCGCGAAGGUAUGUGUUUUGUGGAACUGUAGUUUUCUUAUCUCAAUUCCAUUCCAUGCGAAAUCUUUACAUCUUUGUUUCUAGACUGAUACAGCCAUUCUAAGGUUUAUUUUCUAACCCUUCUUGAUACAUGUACAACCAAACACCAUACAGCGUUAUUCAGCUGUUUCUGGUAUCAUCUGUUUAUGACUAAUGGUAUAUGGUGGUCAAGAAUUUCUAGUUAAACACAGAGUAUCGACAAUUACGACUACAGGUGUUUCUUUGCUGAUACACGGAGCAGUUUGUUGGGUCACCGUGAGUCCUAAACUUUCCAAGUCAACACCCCUAUGAAUACCAAGUGAAUUAGUCCGUUGACCCUGUGACCCCAACAUGGCGACCAAAAUAAAAAUUUGGCGAUAUUUCGGAUGUUUCUGACAUGUUUGUGGUGCUAGUUGUGGACCUGUGGCGUCUAGAAUGGACAGAGGUGUCAGAGCCAAAGGAGGAAUCUGCCUUGACCUGAGGGAAAGGGAGCUAGGUGGGCGCACAGACGGCAGCCGGCGAUGUGUCCGACUCAUGAAGAAGCUUGUGUGUGCGAAAUCGUCAACAUUUACGAGGAUUUGGGACAAAGAAUCAAAGUAUCCAAUCUCUUAUGAAGAGGGAAGAUUGUUGUUUGACAACUACAGGACAUGUUAUACCAGUUUAGGCCUUCAUGCCAUACCACAGCUGUUAUUCCGACUGCCCAGCUGUUCAACUGCAGAAAAGACGGAAGAUGUCAUCAUGUGCCAGUCCAGCCUGAACACCUUACCUACAGAGAACCAUGGCUACAGAGGCUGCCUGCUGGGCCUCACUGCUAGUAACUGGCUGAUGAGAUGGGAUGUCAACACUGGGAAGUGUCUAGAGGCUGUCUACCUGUCUCAUAGGUACAAGUUCAGACACAUUGCAUGGGGAACAUUUCUGGAGAACUUCGUGGUGAGAUCUAUUCACACCAAACACACAGCUGCAGCACGGGCCGCAGGAAUCCCUCAGCCCCUCCUGAUGGUGCUGGCCAUGUUUAAGGUUUUCCCUCUCAGGUUCAUUGCCAUGAUGGAGAUCAACAAACAUGUAUUUGGGAGGGAUGUGACAGAUGCGAUGAUCUCACAAGGUGUGCUGGUAGUGAUGUACCAGGGAAACACAGUCAGGUGCUUCAGCUUUGACGACAUUGUAGACAAGAACAGUGUUAUGAAGGCAGACCUUUUCAAAGACUGUGGAGACUUUGGCACUGUUGGCAGCUACCCCACUGGGCUACCGCUGACUGUCAAGCUAACAGAGUGUCCGCCCGUGCUGUUUGAAGUGAAGUGUUCAGAACACAGCCUACAGUUGGGCGGGGUCCCCUGGCAUUACCUCAUCACUCCUCCAGCUCAGGGAUACAAGGGAGUCUUCCACGUCAGGUCUAUGGAAACUGGUGCCAUGGCCAAGAACGGAGUGUUGGACAUGGACAGUGUCUCAGUGGAGCCAGACAAGGCCUUCUUCCACACAGACGACUCGGGAAGGAUCUUCCACAUGGGACCCAGCACACUCAGGGUCUUGAGAAUAAGGAGUGGCAGCCAUGGUUAUGAACUAGUGCCAGAUUUUGUCAUCGAUGCUCAUUCUCCAUGUUCCACCAGCAGACCUCAGGUAGAUGGUAUGAUCCUGACCUCCUCAGGAAGACAGGUGAAGAAAUUGUUGCUGGAUGCCUAUGCCGACCCUUGCUAUGAGUCUCUGCAAGGCGUUGACUACGAGAGUGACCUCGACAUCUUGGCUGUGACAUCUGUCAGUCAAAGGGAUGACAAGCUGGUAGGGCAUGUAUGUUUCCAUGACAACCAAACAGGUGCACUGCUGAACAGGGUAGAGCUGGAGGAGGCUUGGGAUGAGACAUGUGACCACACCAUCUCGUUGGAUCUAGACACACUGGUACACAUUGUGAAAACUCCACAGAGAAGAUACCAUUGUUAUGUCUACAAGUUAGACAGGACUGUAGGACAAAUAGAAGAAAAGCAACCCAGACAAAAAGGGAAAAGGAGAAAAUCGACCAGACGAAGAUGAAAAGACAAUAACCAUUAGAUAGAUUCUUGAAAUGGACAUCAUAGGAAGAAAACUAAUCCGUUGUUUACUAUGAUCUAAAUAUACGUUGAUGAAGGUUUAACAUCCAGGUAAUAACAUAUACCAAAUAGUAAUGGCCAGACGUUUCAGGCAGAUCUGUUGAAGAGUAGUCCUCAGUGUCACUGACAAAAUGUAGUCAAUGCUACCUGAAACGUCUGACUGUUUCCAAAACUAUAUGC